GCGAUUAAAUAUGAAACAAUUUUUGGUUCGUCGCAAACGCGCUGAUGAUACUGAAACUGGUUGUUUUGGGAAUAGUAAUGAAACUUGUGGAGAAACAUGUCGCCGUGGAGGAUUUAAUUGUUGUAUUGUCUGGGCAAUUUUUGUGGUGAUUAUAAUUACUUUAGGCUUGGUUUUUGGCAUUAAAUGGUUGAAGGCCCACUUUUCAUUUUGAACAACAA